AUGUCGAGUCCCGUCACCGGCCUUGUCGUUCUCAUCCGCCACGGUGAUCGACAGGGUUUCUACCAGUCCCCCACUAAGUACACCGCCUCAAAGACCAACCUCACGGUGCUUGGCUAUCUCGAAGAGCUCAACAGCGGUGCCCAGUUGCGAUCACGAUACCUUGACGCCAGCUCGCCGUACUUGAUUCAGGGGGUCAACACUGCCGAAGCCGAGAAUGUGCAAGUCGAGGUCCAGGCGGAUGCGGGUGGCGAGGGCGGCGUCAUCGUAGAGAGCGCCAAUGCCUUCAUGCAAGGUCUCUUCCCCGCUUUCAACGACUCCAUCACGCUUGCCAACGGCACCACUGUCUCAUGGGAUAAUCGUGCGCAGCUCAUUCCCGUCGAGACGGUAGAGCCCGAACAGUCGUUCGUCAUGGAGCCAUGGACAUCGUGCGACAAGUUUGAUGAUUACACCAGCUUCGUCUACAACGGCAGCGAGUUCAAACAACAGGCUGCCAUCGCUCAGCCUUUCUUCGACUCGAUCCCAACCUCGGUCCUUGGCAGCCGUUCCAAGUCGCUCGUCAACGCGUGGAAUAUCUUUGAUUUCUUGAACGUCGAAAAGAUCCACAACGCCACCCUCGCUCCCCUCAUCACCGAUGACAUGCUCUCCAACGCUGCGUACUGGGCACAGUAUCACGAGGCCCAGCUGUUUGGUCAGCCAAGUCCAGUGUCUCUCGGAAGCAUCGCUGGUCGAGGAAUGCUCAACCCGCUCACCGACGCGCUCAGCCGAGUCGCCAACGCUUCGGACCCGCUCAAGGUCUCGGUGAUCGCUGCGUCGUACAAGCCUUUCUUUUCGCUAUUCAGCCUGUUCCAGAUGCCCGAGUUGGAGGGUAAGUUGGUCGACUAUGCCUCCGCCAUGGUCUUCGAGGUCCACCAGGACGACUCGCUGCAGGUGUACUUCCGAAACGGCUCCUACGGCGACUUGCAGGCGCACGACGUUCGCGCCUCUAGCAUCUCGGUAAGCACCUUCCUCGAAGACUAUGACGCCAUCAAGCUCAACUCAUUGGCAGACUGGUGCAACGCCUGCGGUGAGACCACAGCACGAGGUUGUGCUGCUCUCAACGCCCUCAACGGCACCGGCAGCGGAGGCAAGUAUUCUGAUGUCACGUCAACGACAGGCAAGCAUCAAGUAUCGCCUGUCGUAGCCGGUGUCAUUGGUGCCUUGGUCAGCCUCGCCGUGGCUCUCGUCCUCGUCGCUGGCUUGGCCUAUUUGACCGGAGUAACCGUGGUGAAGCGGGGCAAGAAGAGCAAUCCGAGACGUCAGCAUCUGCUCACGCCUGGAUCUACGAGCACCGUCAAUCACCCUGGCAACAGUGUCGAGCUUCGAUCGGACCUGGAUCGCAAAGAAUCGGUUGUAUAA